CGUGUGGUAAAUAAAAUGAACCAAAUAGAUACGAAAAUGACAACAAAAGUCGUUAAUACUCUUGAUUUUCUUAUGGUACCCCAUGAUUUGUGACCUUGUUCGAUAAAAUGUGAAAUACUAAUUAAGGUUGAAAGGUAAAAAAAAAAAAUGACAUUCUACAUCUUAUUAGAAUAAACAAGAGAUUUCCAUAUUUAUAUCCUGAACACUCAGGCGAUUAAAAAUUGAACCAUCAAAUCAAAAUUUUAAAUGCUUUUAAAUUAAUGAAGAAACUUAUAGAAUGUGUAAGUCUCUUCUCGCAACACGUUUAACUGAACUUAAUCAACAACUUGCAACAAUUGUUAAAUUACAAAAAAUGGAAGAUGAAUAUGACAAAAGUUCAGUCCUAUAUUCUAAGAUUUGUGAUUGUCCACAUCAUAUAUUACCCACUGGAGAAAAUAAGAAAAAAAUACCAUGUAAUAUUAACACUUGCAAAACACGAAAAAGAUGUACUUGCCUUGGUCAAUGCAAUAAAAUAAGCAAAUCCUAUAAAAAUGAUGAAAAAAUUAAAGAAAUCUCAAGUACACAAUCAUAUGAUGAUAAAGCCGUAAAGAAUAAUGUACAUAAUACUGAAAUUGGACAGAUCUUUAAUACAAGAUUAGAAAAUGUACAGGAUUUAGAAAAAAUAAAAUCUACAAGAAAAGAAAUUAUACAAGAAAGAAUUGACUAUGAUAUAUCUGUAACAAGAAAUCAUGAUUAUCAGAAUACAAAACAUGAAAAUGAAAUUAUUCAUAAAACAGAUAAAACAGAAGAUACUUCUAUAAAGGUACCAGUGCAAGACAAUGAUAAAAGUAGAAAACCAGAAGAAAUUAUGAUACUGCCUGAUGACAAUGAUAAAGAUGUUAAUACAGAAGAAAUUAAAAUACUGCCGAAUGAUAAUGUAAAUGAAACAAAUAUAAGUUACAAAAGAAUUAAAAAAAUUGUCAUUUAUAGGGAUAAAAUUCUGAAAUCUAUAAUUUUAGUUAAAGGAUUAUUUAUAAUCCAGGUUGAUUUAUCAGGAUUUACUAACGAAAAAAAACAGAAGAGAGAUUUGGAGGAGAAGUUGCAAAAUGCGAAGCAACAUUUAACAAAGCUGAAAGAAAAUGGAGAACAGCAAAUAUCUUACCUAAAAGAUGCUUUACGAAAAGCUGAGGAGCAACUUGCACAAGCAAAAAAAGAAACUAUUACAAUUACUGCUGAUAGAGACAGAUUAUUACAAACUGUAUCAACACUAAAGGAGGAAAUAAAUAAUGUAAUUGGCAAAAAUGUGUCUUUACAUCGCGAAUGCCAGGAUUUAAAAUGUAAAUUGCAAACAGCUUCUGAAUGUGAAACGAAAACUUGCACAGUUGUUCAAGAUGAAGUUAAUCUUAUAAAAUCUAUAGUUAAACAAAAAGAAGAGGUUUUACAGGCAGAAAUAAUUGAAUUAAAAGGAUUGAUUGCAGAACUUACAAAUGUUACAAAAAUACAAGAAAGAAGAAUAUGUGAAUUAACUAACAUUUGUAAAAAACAACAAUGCGGUUUACGUGAUAAAAGUAAAACGAUUAUUGAAAAGGAAUCCAAAAUAUUCGAAAUCCAAUCACUACUAAAGUCAUAUAGUUGCAAAUGCACAGGAAUGCAAAAUGAUAUUCAAAGUUUAGAAUCUACUUUAAAUAAAGAAUCAAAUACAUGUAAUAGUUUAAAAGAGGAGUUAGAACGUUUUAAGGAUGAUUAUAAUUGUAUGUUAAAUAUUAAAACAAAAAUUAUAGAAGAACAAGAUGAAACGAUCAAAAAACAAAAACGAUUAUUGCAAGAUAGCGAAAGUAUGGCUCAACAAGCUGCUUCUGAAUUUGAGGAAAUUAGGAACGAACUUGUUCAUGAAAAAGAAACAUGUGAAUCUUUAAGAAUUGCAUUAAUUACUGCAGAAGUUCAAUUAAAUCAAAAAUAUAAUGUGGAAUGCAAGAAAUGUCAAAAUUUAAUUGCAGAAGUGAAUUUAUUAGAUCAACAAAAACAAAAAGCAUUAAUUGCAGCAAAAGAAGCUUUAAGAAAAUUAUGCAUUUCUGUAAGAGAUUACCAAAGGGAAUUGGUCUUUGAAAGACAGCAAUGUAAAUUUCUAACAUUAAAACUGAAGGAAAAGCAAGAUGAAGUUGAAUACAUUAAAAAAGAAUUUGCUUACAAAAAAAAAACAAUUGUGCGCAGAACAAGUGACUUUUUAUCUUAAUAGAUGCAGCUGAAGGUAGUAAAAUUAACAGCAAAUUUUAUAAUGUUUCACUAUUCAAUUUAUUAAAAAGCAAAUUAAUAUAAUCAAUGCUAAAAGU